GAACUUACUUCAAUCUAAACCAGUCUGUUGCAUCUCUGGUUGCAUGUUUAGGGAUUUUGCUCCACUAGAAAGUGAAACUCCUUCCAGUCUCAAGUCUUAAAAUAGCAGGACUGACUUUUAUUUAGCUCCACUAGUUUACGUUGCUCCAUCACAUUAAAAUACAUGACGGUUUGGAGCUGUGACGUAAAAAAAGACAAAAAAGUCUUAAAGCGCUAUGAGUGCUUUUGCAAGGCAAAAUCAAAAUUAUAACCAGAAUUAAUUGAAAUCAGAGGGGAAAACUCCUCCACAAACAGCAUAUCUGUUUGCCUUUAAUCUUACCUAAUGACGACCCUUCACCUCCUCCCAUCUCAGGGUCAGGUGACCUCUCCGUCUGCCUUGAAUCAGUUGGGAUUAGUCAACAUACCAGCUGCCUUCGGCUGAUGGCAGUAGUCCAGUAACACCAGCAAGUAAGGAACGUGUUUUGUGGUUUGUUUCUCUCAUUGAUAAUUAAGAAGCUCAGAUGGGGAUACGGGAGUUAAAACAAAAGACGAUCUAUAGGGAACAAGUAGAAGAAAUCAGGACGAGGUGUCGAGGAUGAUCUCCUGAUCUUUCCACCGCAGCAGCUUAAUGAGUUAAUGUUCAUUUGAGCUCAUAGCUCUCAUUAGGCAUCAUCACCUUCUGAGCUCCAUGGCGUCUUUGGACGAAGAGCUCACCUGCUCCGUUUGCCGAGACAGCUUCAGCCAGGCCCACCCUCUACCUUGUGGCCACAGCUUCUGCCCCGCCUGCAUCCGUGAGGCCUGGAGCGCUCAGGGCGAAGGGAAAGGUCGCUUCACCUGCCCCCAGUGUCAGGAGGAGCACGGCGAAGUCCUGUGCGACUGCUGCCCUCUCCAGGCGGAGGACAGUCGGCCCCCGAUGGCCGUAAAGACCUGCUUGAGGUGUGAGGUGUCGCUCUGUGCCGACCACCUUCAGCCCCAUCUGGAGAGGCCGGCGUUCAGCUCCCACCUGCUGGUGGAGCCGCUGGGGGACUUGUCCCAGCGAAGGUGUCCGGCACACGCGGAGGUAUUCCGCUACUACUGCGUGGACGAGAGGGUGUACGUCUGCGGGGACUGCCUGCUGGAGGGGGCGCACGCGCUGCACAAGGUGAAGCCGCUGAGACAGGUGGAGGAGGACCUGAAGGUCAUCUUACAGACUCUCCUCAUCAAAGCAGAACAGAAGCUAAAAGAUGGGGAGAAAGCUCUCAAAGACCAUGAAAACAUCGACUCUGCGAUGGCGGACUCCCUGAGACGGGACGAAGGCCAGGUGGAGCUGCUGGACACGGACCUGCAGGCCCAGGUGAAGAAGCUGGUGGUGGCACUGAAGGAGAUCACCAAGAGGGAAAGGCAGCAGAUCGUAGAGCGUGUGCACCAAGACUGCGCCAAAGUGAGAGACGACAUGAGCCAGACGGUGCACAUUCAGCGCUACCUGAACCUGCUGCUGGCAGAGACGGACCCUUUCCUGCUCAUCUGGGCUUUUCAAUCAGACGACACAAAAUUGCUAGCAGACCUGAACUGCCCACUUUUCCUCCCUGAGCCCAUCUGUGUGGACAGGAAGCACAUCCUGGAAGACGUAGAGGGCAAAUAUCGAGAGUUCAUCACGUCCACCCUCCGCUGCCUCAGCGAGCUCAAGAGGGAGCUCUUAACCAGCCCUCUGUCCCUGGACACAAACUCUGCCCAUCCUCUGCUGAGCAUUUCUGACGACCUGCGUUCAGUCGCGCGUGUAAAGAGCCGACUGCCCUGCGCCGCUCACCCCGAGCGGUUUGACCACUGGCCACAGGUCCUCACCGUCCAGACCUUCUCCUCUGGGACUCACUACUGGGAGCUGGAGGCUGAGGGAUUCUGGGAUGUCGCCAUCUGCUAUCGGAGCAUUGGACGGAAGGGGAAGGAAGGGAAUGCUUUUGGAAACAACAAGGUGUCAUGGAGCCUGACGCAGCAGCACGACAAAAAGCUGUCUGCCUGGCACAACCGCAGGAAGACACGGCUCACGUACCAAAUGGUCGGCAAUCGAGUCGCAGUUGCCGUGGACUACAGCUCCGGGACCAUCACCUUCUCCGAAGUGGGACCUUCCAACACCCUGAUCCACCUCCACACUUUCUCCACCAGCUUCACCCAGCCUGUGUGUUUGGGCUUCGGACUCUAUAAAGCGGAGCUCAAGAGCCGCAUCUCUGUCGUUAAAGUGUGAGCAGGAGAUCGACGAGACAGGGACUUUUGCCGUGAGCCACGCCUUCUUCCUGACUGGCCGUAACGGCGUUCUCCUCCUAAAAGUGCGUUGAUGGCGCAUCAACAUGGUCGCCUGCUUCAGAAAUGCUUUCUAACUAUGUGAAAUGUGAACACAGAAACCUGACGCUCAUUAAAAUAAAGAGAGAGGUCUGUUUUGAAGCA